AUGCUCGCAUUCAUGCCGGCACAAUCAUCGAAUUCGUCUCCGGGAUUGAACUACUGGUAUGGCACUGGCAGCUUGCCCGACACCUUAGAAGAACCUCCGCAAGGUAGCGCAAAUCCCCGCUUGAUGCGUCGUGCCUCGGAGGCUGUUGGACAAGCUCAAGGAAUCCAAAUCCAAGAGCCCUCUGAAUGGGACGAAAACCAAGGGCCCCUCCACCUCGAUACCAACCAAGCGAAUCUUGUAAUUCGCCCACUGGCAGCGUCCGCCGCUGCAAAUCACAAAGCUCCGCUGGCACCCAAACAGGGGCUUGGGGGCGCCCUUGCGAACGCUCGAGGACAGCAUCAGUCUCCGAUUGCUGGCACCUACGCGUUACGAACUCCUCGCGGCAAGAUCACAUCCAUAGCAUGCGAGAGCUGCAGGAAACGCAAAUCCAAGUGCGAUGGCGUACGGCCCAAGUGCAACACUUGUCAAUCCAAAAACCUCACAUGCGUCUACGAUGUGGCAGAAGAUGGAAAAACAACAACUCAGCUGCGGGCUCACGUAAGGCGAUUAGCCAAGGAGUUGGAUGAUAUGAAGUCCGUCGUGUCGCUACUGGCAAUGGCACCGGAUCGCGCGUCGGCUGCAAAUUGGGCGUCCGAGCUCGAGAAGAAUGGAUUUGCACAUCAUUCAGCUGAAGAAGUCAAGAAAGCGCUUUCGGUAGGUUUGCUCCCAGCUACUGUUGAGUUGCUGCUGAACGAAGAACAGGAAUCUUUGGGUCCAACACCAGCACUCCCAGACGCCGACUCGUUUGGUACUCCAAAUAGCAGCGAGCCUUUUGCUGGUCACACGCAUCCUAUGGGGGGCUCGUCUUAUGGCAGUUCCUCUCGAGAAGAAAGAGAACAAAGCCAGUCCUCGCUAGCCUAUUCACACGACAAUGCCAUUGAUGUUUCCGUGACCGCGAACCCAUCCCCACUCAGCCUUGAGGCUGCGGCAAAUGCCCUGAACAAGUUCGGUUUCGAUUGCGCAUUUUACCGGAGAACGAAACGAGAUCUACUCGCGAAUGGUUGGAGUGAGACACAGAUAUUCGGAAGGUCGGAGAUCGAUGUGGAUACUCUUCUGCUGGGUUUUUUGGAUCCGCAGGAUGCACAGCCAGUGUCGACGUGGUGUUCCAGAACAGUAAACAAGCUGCUCCCAUCGUCUCCUCUCCCUGUCAGGCUUGCGUCUACAUGGCUUCUGACCAAACUGAUGCGGUAUCUCAUCUGGCCCAGUGUCGAGAACAUGAACGCCAGUCCGGAAUGGUUGAUGCCACUAGUGGGAAAGCAGGAGACAUCGCCGUAUGAUAUGCUUAUUGAUCUGGUUCCUUGGCCUCAAGUACGCCAGCUACUAUAUCAACAUCCCCAGGAAUAUCCAGUCAGACAUAUCGUCGGCUUGAUCGGUGUUACGUGGCUAUACGCAGAUGACGCGUGCCAUUACUGGGACAUUGAAUCAGGGUACACCCGCAUGACGCCACUGUUUGAGAGCACCAUUGCCGACCUAAACAACUGGACCAUUGACCCAAAGAUUCUUGAGAUUAUGCCUCAACUGGAAGGGCACAUUCCAGUAAAGCCGGUAGCAUAA